GGUCUCCGAGGCUGCGGGGCUGAGGGCUUGGGGCGUGGGACGGUUCUGGGCCGAAGGCCGGGUGCCCGGGAGGGGGUGAGGGCCAUGAGCAAAGAGGCGACGAAGUUAACGUGAAGAGAAAGUCGAGUUAUGCCGGGAGAGAAUAAGUGAGAAGGGUCUCGGCGUGAAAAAUUAGCAAGUGGCGAUCCCUUGAAGGGAGAUUGGGAGCUGAGGGAGACGUCCAGGUGUGAGGCGUGGAGUUAGAUUAACGUGAAAAGUUAAGCCAAAGCGGGAGGCACCCUUAGAAUGGGUGGGUGGGGUCCUUCUGCAAAGGAGGGUCCUGUGAAAAGGGUGUUGGUGGCUCUGGACUAGGCUGGGGGGAGGUAGUUUUUUCGGAAGGUAUAGGGAAUUGGGUCGUGAAGAGUGGGUAUCGGGUAUCCCUGGAGGGUGUUAAAGGUGGUGAGAGAUCUGUGUGCUAAGGUGAAAGGGGAUCUGAGUCUGACUGGAGUGAGAAUGAGACGUUAGAUGCAGUUGGGGGUCUGGGUAUCCACAGGUUAAGCCUGGUGAGAGGGAUCUGGUUGCCCUCGGCCUGGGGCGUGGGUGUAGAUCUGUGUAAGAGAUCUGGGUGACCCUAGAAGGGAAUUAGGCAGUAGGAGGGGUUUGUGUGAAAGGAGUUUAAGCCAACGUGAAGGGUAGUCUGGGAAUCCUUGGGUGUUCAGGAUCUUUUUUGCCAAGGAUAGGAAUUAAGUUGAUAUGGAGGGGGUCUGAGUACCUCUGGAAUGGGUUAGGGCAGCCCAGGGCCUGGCCGCCGCCAUGACUGAGGAGUCGGAGGAGACGGUCCUGUACAUUGAGCACCGCUAUGUCUGCUCUGAGUGCAACCAGCUCUACGGCUCCCUGGAGGAGGUUCUUAUGCACCAGAACUCCCACGUGCCCCAGCAGCAUUUUGAGCUGGUGGGCGUGGCUGACCCUGGCGUCACUGUGGCCACAGAAACAACUUCCGGCACCGGACUCUACCAGACCCUAGUACAGGAGAGCCAGUACCAGUGCCUGGUGUGCGGGCAGCUCCUGAUGUCACCCACCCAGCUCCUGGAGCACCAGGAGCUACACCUGAAGAUGAUGGCACCCCAGGAGGCAGUGCCAGCUGAGCCGCCACCCAAGGCCCCCGCCCUGAGCUCCAGUACCAUCCACUAUGAGUGUGUGGAUUGCAAGGCUCUCUUUGCCAGUCAGGAGCUCUGGCUGAACCACCGGCAGACACACCUCCGGGCCACUCCCACCAAGCCUUCCCCCCCAGUGGUCCUGGGAUCCCCAGUGGUCCUAGGAUCCCCUGUGGGCCAGGCCCUGGUGGCUGUGGAACAUUCAUACCGCAAGGCAGAAGAGGAUGGGGAAGGGGCAGCUGUCCCCCCUGCCGCUGCCACCGCCACUGAGGUGGUGACUGAAGUGGAGCUGCUCCUCUAUAAGUGCUCCGAGUGCUCCCAGCUCUUCCAGCUGCCAGCCGACUUCCUGGAGCACCAGGCCACCCACUUCCCUGCUCCGGCCCCAGAGUCUGAGGAGCCUGCCUUGCAACCUGAGACCCUGACCCCACCGCUGGCUGAGGUGCCUGUGUCUCAGCCCGACCCCCUGCCAUCCUCAGACCACAGCUAUGAGCUGCGCAACGGUGAAGCCAUCGGGCGUGAUCGCCGGGGCCGCAAGACCCGGAGGAACAAUAGUGGAGAACCUGGCGGAGCUGCCACCCAGGAGUUGUUUUGCUCGGCCUGUGACCAGCUCUUUCUCUCGCCUCACCAGCUACAGCAGCACCUGCGGAGCCACCGGGAGGGCGUCUUUAAGUGCCCCCUGUGCAGUCGUGUCUUCCCCAGCCCUUCCAGUCUGGACCAGCACCUUGGAGACCACAGCAGCGAGUCUCACUUCCUUUGUGUGGACUGCGGCCUGGCCUUCAGUACAGAGGCCCUGCUCCUGGCCCACCGGCGAGCUCACACCCCGAAUCCUCUGCAUUCGUGUCCAUGUGGUAAGACCUUUGUCAACCUCACCAAGUUCCUUUAUCACCGGCGUACCCAUGGGGCAGGCGGUGUCCCUCUGCCCACAACACCUGUCCCACCAGAGGAGCCUGUCAUUGGUUUCCCUGAGCCAACGCCGGCAGAGACUGGAGAGCCAGAGGCCUCAGAGCCCCCCACAUCCGAGGAAAGCCCAGCUGGGCCCACUGCCCCUGGCACGUACCGCUGCCUCCUGUGCAGCCGUGAAUUUGGCAAGGCAUUGCAGCUGACCCGGCACCAACGCUUUGUACACCGCCUGGAACGGCGCCAUAAGUGUAGCAUUUGCGGCAAGAUGUUCAAGAAGAAGUCUCAUGUUCGUAACCACCUGCGCACACACACGGGCGAGCGGCCCUUCCCCUGCCCAGACUGCUCCAAGCCCUUCAACUCACCUGCCAACCUGGCCCGGCACCGGCUCACGCACACAGGGGAGCGGCCCUACCGAUGCGGGGACUGCGGCAAGGCAUUCACACAGAGCUCCACGCUGAGGCAACACCGCCUGGUGCACGCCCAGCACUUCCCCUACCGCUGCCAGGAGUGUGGGGUGCGUUUUCACCGCCCGUACCGCCUGCUCAUGCACCGCUACCACCACACGGGUGAGUACCCCUACAAGUGUCGCGAGUGCCCCCGCUCCUUCUUGCUGCGCCGGCUGCUGGAGGUGCACCAGCUUGUGGCCCACGCUGGGCGCCAGCCCCACCGCUGCACAUCCUGCGGGGCUGCCUUCCCUUCCUCACUGCGACUCCGUGAGCACCGCUGUGCAGCAGCCGCUGCCCAGGCCCCACGGCGCUUUGAGUGUGGAACCUGUGGCAAGAAGGUGGGCUCAGCUGCUCGGCUGCAGGCGCACGAGGCGGCCCACGCAGCUGCUGGACCUGGAGAGGUCCUGGCUAAGGAGCCCCCCGCCCCUCGGGCCCCCCGGGCUACGCGCUCACCUGUUACCUCCCCCACGACCCUGGGAGGUACGGCCCCUGCUGCCUCACCCCGCCGCCGAGGCCUGGAGUGCAGUGAAUGCAAAAAGCUGUUCAGCACAGAGACAUCGCUGCAGGUACAUCGGCGCAUCCACACAGGCGAGCGGCCGUAUCCAUGUCCAGACUGUGGCAAGGCCUUCCGGCAGAGCACCCACCUGAAGGACCACCGCCGCCUGCACACAGGUGAGCGACCCUUUGCCUGUGAAGUGUGUGGCAAGGCCUUUGCCAUCUCCAUGCGCCUGGCAGAACAUCGUCGCAUUCACACGGGUGAACGGCCUUACUCCUGCUCCGACUGUGGCAAGAGCUACCGCUCCUUCUCCAACCUCUGGAAGCACCGUAAGACCCACCAACAGCAGCACCAGGCAGCUGUGCGGCAGCAGCUGGCAGAGGCAGAGGCAGCCGUUGGCCUGGCUGUGAUGGAGACUGCAGUGGAGGCCCUGCCUUUAGUAGAAGCAAUUGAGAUCUACCCUCUGGCUGAGGCCGAGGGGGUCCAGAUCAGUGGCUGACCGCCCUGUUCCCUCUAUGCUUUGUUGCAAAGAACCUCCUCCAACAUCCUCUUAAUUCUCUGUAUAUACUGUGCCCCUUCUUCUACCCCUCCCAACCACCAUGUAAUUUCUGUAAUUAGAUUUAUUCUCUCUUCUGAGGAGGUGCUUGGGGGUCCUUGAUAUGCUUGAAGGUGCCCCCCCCCCCAACCUUCCACUGGUUAGCACUGGUGGCCCCCAGGUGAAAUUGUCAAUAAAGACUUGAAUUG